CCUUAUUUGUCACUGUUUGCGUCGUCCUUUGGGGCAGAGCCUUGUUCCCGGAGGCAGAGCGGAGGUAGCCUGGCUUCCCGAAGGACUUCCUGCCCCUUGCGACCUGUUGGUGCCACUGGGGUUUCCUUAGCGGCGCACCCACCACUUUUGUAAAAAACCCACAUUCCUUCAGAAUUCAGUGUUAUGUUCUCAGCCCUGACCCGCGUGCACGCCUGUGCCCGAGGGUGAUGCCCUCCCAGAACACCUUCCCGCGCCAUGUCUCUGGUUCUGGGUUCCUCAGCACGAGAGAGGGAGACAUGGAUCUCCUGGAGAGGAUCCAACAGAGAGCUACAAAAUUUUUCAAGGGACUUGAUUAUCUCCCUUCGAAAAAAAGACUGAGAGAGUUGAGCCUCUUCAGCCUUGAGAACAAGCGACUGAGAAGGGACAUCACCAAUGUCUAUAAGCAUCUUACGGGAGGGUGCCAAGAGGCUGGGGUGAGGUUCUCUGUGGUGCCAACAAAUAGGACGAGGCAACAGGCAGAAACUGAUGGCACAGGAUUUUCCACCUGAAUACAAGGAAUAACUUUUUUAUUGUGUGGAUACCACGCAAUCGAACAGGUUGCCCAGAGAGCUUGUGCAAUGUUCCUCCUUGGAGAUACUGAGCCGCCUAGAUGCAAUCUUGUGCCAUGUGCUCUAGGAUGACCCUGCGAGAGCAGGGAGGCUAGCCCAGGUGACCCACUGUGAAUUCUGCGAUUCUGUGACAUGGGAAAAAAGUUAGGGGGAAAGCACAAACUCGCAGCCGCCUCCGCAGGGCUGGCCCGUCCCAGGACCCUGCGGCUACCCCACGGAGCUCGCCGGCUCCUCCCGCCGCUCUGCCCGGCGCUGGCUGAGGGCGGCGGCAGCUCGGCCUCCGCGGAGCCGCCCCGGGCCCGCCCCGCCGCCAGGUGCGGUGCCGCUGCCGCCCCUGGGCUGAGGAAGUGCUGUCACGGCGUGUGCCGGGCAGGGAGGCUCCUGAGGACCGGGCAGGCCAGACGUUUCCGUCGGCGGGCGCCGAGCUGGGAUCGCCGCCAUGAGCAAGAUCUCCAAGUUCUUUAAGGGGGGCGGUUCGGCCGGCUCCAAGGGCCGCGGGGGACCCUCGCCGCAGGAGGCGCUGGCCCGGCUGCGAGAGACGGAGGAGAUGCUCAGCAAGAAGCAGGAGUACCUGGAGACGCGGAUCGAGCGGGAGCUGGCGGUAGCCCGGCAGCACGGCACCAAGAACAAGCGAGCUGCCUUACAAGCACUGAAGAGAAAAAAGAGGUAUGAGAAACAGUUGAAUCAAAUUGAUGGGACACUUUCGACCAUUGAGUUCCAGAGAGAGGCAUUGGAAAAUUCCCACACCAACACAGAAGUGCUCAAGAAUAUGGGUUAUGCUGCACAAGCUAUGAAAAAAGUACAUGAAAAUAUGGAUUUGAACAAAAUCGAUGAUUUAAUGCAAGAUAUUACUGAACAGCAAGAUGUUGCCCAGGAAAUUUCCGAUGCUAUCUCAAACCGAGGCACCUUUGGUGAUGAGUUUGAUGAGGAUGAGUUGCUGGCAGAAUUAGAAGAAAUGGAGCAAGAAGAACUGAACAAGGGAAUGAGAGAUGUCAGGCUGCCAAGUGUUCCGUCCACAUCGCUGCCUUCUCGCCCUGCAUCGACCAGGAAAAGAGCAGAGGAUGAAGAUGAAAUGAAGCAACUGGCUGCCUGGGCUUCAUAAGAGCAUGAUCUUUUUAUAACACCAAACAUUAUAGUGCAGAAUGUAAAGAGCUGUACUGCUGUUUUAUAACCACAUUGAUGUAUUGUGGUUGCAUUUCAUACAGGCUGGGGUUUUUUAUGGCACGUCUUGCUGAGACUAGUGUUACUGCCAUAUUACAAAACUAGCUUAAAAACCAGCAAACAAAAGAAUUAAGUAGUUGCCUAAGCCUUCAGGCAUAAUUUUUUUUAAAACCUCAUCAAGAGAUUUGUUUUAUUAUUUGUAUCUGUUUUUAACAGAUACUAUCUUACCAUAUCUGUUGGUUUGUAAAACCCAUGUGCCUCACUUAUGCUCAAAGCUGGAUUAAUUUUUGAAAUGAGAAAGUUAAGUAAGUCAUCAGGGCCCUAUAACUAGAGGCUUAUUUGGUUCAGACUAUUUGAAUAUUAGCAAAACAGCUUAAUAUGUGUCCUCACUUGCAAGUUCUUUGAGCCCAAGAACUAAUAACUGUUCAUUUGGACAUGAAGAUUCAAGCAGUCUGCCUGGAGCAACUUAUGGUGUGCUAGAUAUUAAGAGGAAGCUCUUCUAUAGGCUUAUUGAAGUGGGAUGUGUUAUUUGUUUUGUUUUAACUGGCCAAAAUGUCCCAUGCACUUCUAUAGGUCAAAUUGAAUUGUAUUUUGGACUAUUUCUGAUUAGGUUACAAAAUUACAGUGAUCAAGGAAAGCAAAAUGUCUAGGUUCUUGCAGAUUCCUGCCAAACACUACUGAUUUUCAUUAAGCCUGUCAAAACUCCAGAAGAGAUUUGACCUUCCUGUGUUCUUUUCCUCUACCUUGUCUUUCUAGGAUGAGUCUUUACUUUGUAUCAUAAUGUUCGUCCUCAUCGAAGGAAUUAGCAACACGUUUUUAGUCACAGAAUUUCAAAAUAGUUUUAAUUUCUGAGCAUCUGGUUAUUUUCUCUUACUCAGUUUGUGAAUGGAAAUAAUACCAGUGUGUUGCAUUUGCAGGGCCUUUUUAAAGCCUGGUUAAAAGCUGAUUCUGGGUUGCUUGUCAAGUUGGUGUGUUACUAUGCUGUUUUAGCCUAAGGAAAAAAUGCCGUUCUUGAGUGCUAAACUGCUACAUAUAUAUGGAGAGAUUGCUGUUCAAACACAACCCAAAAAUUAAAUAGGCUGCUUUGUAUUAACAAAGUAUUAAAUAAGUCAUGCUAGUAGCCUACUGUCAAUCAUAAGGAAAUAGUAGAACAGUGUGGAGUUCCUAGAGGUGUAGGAAGCACAGUCCUUGAUCUAGGUUUCUUGUUUUCAAAUGAAUUUAAAUUUAGUGAUGACUGAACCACUUGGGGAAUAGUGGUGGACUUGGUUUCUGUAGAUCUUCAGCAACAUAAGACUGACCCCUACUCCUGCAGGCUUUAUCCUGUGAUUUGCUGGGUCUUCAGCUUCAACAGGCUUCAAUAGCCUUCAGCUUAGUGGAUUUUAGCUUAAAUAUAAGCAAAUAUGUGUUUCUAGACAUGGUCUGCUCAGAGCCUUUCAAGUUGAGCCCCAUGGAUGAAAUCCAAAAUAUAUAAACCCUGUGGAGAGAUUAACUUUUUCAGGAUUUCCAUUCUCUGUGGAGGAUUUGCUUUUGGAUUGUAUCUGUAUGAGAGCUGAAUCAAACCUUACCACUUUGGAUAAUUUUCUUACUGGAAAAAACUGGGUGUGUUAAUUCUGUCCUAAAAUUUGGAGGUACCAAGAAAAUUGUCCCUUUUUGUUGAGUGUAGAGAAAGUUUUAAUUUUUGUUUAAAUACAAAAUAAAACAGGGAAGAAAAAAAAGAGAGAAUUGCCUUAAAUUUAAAAAUACAUUUUGAACAACCAAAUACUAACAAAAUGCUACUUGGUUUUAAGGCUUGCUGAAAUUCAGCAUGAGAUACUAGCUGAAAGCAGGAAUAUUUAGUAAAAUAGCAAAUAUUCUAAGUUAUUUCAAAUCCAUUUGCUAACCCUUUUGGCUUGAAUCCUGUGUUCAAGGUGUGCAGUUUAUUCAGGUCUCUGAGUUGUGUACAUACAUUGGGUGUAUGACUGUGCAAGGCUGGCAGUGUGCUUGUGGACGCUUCUGGUAUUUCUAAAUAUGAGGCCAUGCCAACACAGUCCCGUAGUUAGUUUGGAAAAGCUGGUUUCCAGCCCCUUUUCUUGUUUGAAUUAGUAGUUUAACAACGCUCAGCUCUUACAUAGGUAGCUCUUGGCAUAUUUGAAGUGCUCUACAACCUAAUGGGUCUCUAAGCUUCAAUUUUGAAACUAAAGUGACUUUCAGUCUGCUUUGGAAAAUGUGGGCUUGCUGUUUUUGAAUAUGAACUUUCCAUGUGAACACCCCUCCAUGGAGACAAAAUAAUCCUGUAGAGAUCUUCUCCUUUGCAAACCAGCAUUUGACUGCUUACUUCCAGCAAUGUUUUGGCCAAGUGUUGAUCCUGAAGAAGCUUCAGGUGCGUUCAGCUUAUUAAUGUUUAGACCAAGCACUUUAAAAACAAAACUUUUGAAAGGUGAAGAAAUGAGACUGAAUAUUCAGGUGAGCUGCUCUGAAAGCCUGUGGAUAGUGGCUGGUGAUGCUGAAAGACAAACUCAUGUACCAGUUCACAGGUCAGGAUGUGAGGUUGGUGAAAUUAUACUCAGAAACACUGUAGUGAUGUACAGAAAGGAAAAUACACUGUGGACUUCAACAAACAAACUGGAGUGCUUGUUGCCAUAUUUUUUUUGGACACCAGUUUUCUUCAAGGGAAAAGGGUUGUAGGGAUUUAGUUCAGCUGAGGGAGUGGCUCUUUCCUGUGUAAAUUCAGAUAACAGUGGGACAAAUGGCUCUUUCUUAUUUGAACAUAUGUCUCUCUUCAUGCCAAGAUGGUAUUUGUUUAGUGUGUAAGCAGCUGAGAGUGAAUAGUGUCAAUGUGUUAUUGUAAAUGUACCCUAUUAACUGGAACAUAUUUUACAGGAGGACUGUGGCAGCAGAUGGUGUACUAUAACUGACUUCCUUUCUUGUUGCUUAUUUAUUCUGAGAUUGUUUUUUUCUCCUAACAGGCUUAGACAUUUUUAACCUGGAUAACUUUAAAAAGGGGAAAAGAUAUUAAUAAAAAGUGAAACCAGUUCAUGUAUGUAUAUAUAUACACACACUGUAAAUAAAUAUUUUGGUGUCAUGUUGGUGUUAUAUGAUUUUAUUAAAUUUCUUUUCCUAUCAGGCAAAAUUCUAAGUACCCUCCUUAUA